UGCAGCCGUUCAGAGUAAAUGGUCAGAUUGCGUGUCAGGGGCUGGGUUUCUCUUUUAUCCAAGAAGAAGAAGAAGAAAUAAAUAAAUAAAAAUAAUACAGCAGAGUCAAGAAGGAUGAGACAAAGACACUGAGACACGAACAAAUGAUUUAGAAACUUCCAGAAGUCGCCAUGGCUAUAAGGGAGCUCAAGGUUUGCCUUUUAGGGGACACUGGAGUUGGUAAAUCCAGCAUUGUUUGCCGAUUUGUUCAGGAUCAUUUUGAUCACAACAUAAGCCCAACCAUAGGAGCGUCAUUCCUGACAAAGACAGUACCAUGUGGUAAUGAACUGCACAAAUUCCUGAUCUGGGAUACAGCUGGGCAGGAACGGUUUCACUCAUUAGCUCCUAUGUACUACAGAGGAUCAGCUGCUGCUGUCAUUGUCUACGACAUAACUAAACUGGACUCUUUUCAGACACUGAAGAAGUGGGUGAAGGAGCUGAAGGAACACGGUCCAGAGGACAUUGUUGUAGCUAUAGCUGGGAACAAGAAUGACUUGGGAGACAUCAGGGAAGUUCCUAUGAAAGAAGCGAAGGAGUUUGCAGAAUCAAUAGCAGCUAUUUUCAUAGAGACCAGUGCCAGAAAUGCUGUCAAUGUGGAGGAGCUUUUUCAGAAAAUCAGCAAACAGAUUCCACCCUUGGAAAACCCUGAAGUGGACAGCAACGAGUCCUUUAAAAUCACCCGGCAGCCACCUCCAUCAGCCAGGAGGUGUUGCUAGUACCGGGAGGGGCCGAUGAGAUGACUUCCUCCAGCACCAAGGCCCUGCAAGCACAGCACAUAGUCCACAACACACACAGCAUCUUUCCCCUGGAGAGACAACUCAGUGGACAGAUUGAAGUCAGCAUGAGAAACAGAAAAACCUGCCAACGGUGUUACACAUGUAGGUCAAUACAUAAAUUUCAGCUACCAAAAACCAUUGGUUUUGUCCCUCUCUAGUGGUCUUUUGACAGAACUACAUUAGUGUUUAUUGGUAUGGUGAUGUGCACUUGACAACAGGUAAUUAUGUUGCAGUUUGCAAGAUUAUGCACAAAAUAAUAGCUAUCGAUAUAAACUGGUGUGCUUCAUAAAUCCAGGGUUUGGUUGUUUUGUGCUUUUGUUUUCUUUUGUCACUUGCUGUGCAGAAUUUCAUUGCAAUGUGGCUGUCAAAUGGCACACACUGAAACUAAAUGUUUGAUUUUUAAUAUUUAACAACUCUCCAUUUGUCCAUUUGUGCAAUUUUUGCCAACAUUUAUAUAUGACCCCAUAAUAUUAGAUAUUAAAGCAAGAGGUUGCAAAUUAUAGACUAACAUUCAGUUGAAUGGAUCAAAAGCAGCAACUUCAUUUUCCUCUUCAUGUGUUUCAUGUGCAUUUGCUGUACCAGAGUUUAACUGUAAUGCUGCAGAACAAAAUGCUCAAAUGAAUUUUUACACUAUGACAGACCCAGCUGAAGCACUGUGACCAAUACUAGAAUUGUUUACAUAGUGAUUUGUUAAAGAUGUUUUCUACAUGCUGAUACGUGUUGUUUGACAUUUGACUACAGGGAAUGGCUGUAAAAACUGCCAAACAUCAGCUUUUGCUUGUAUUUUAACAGAAAAAAGGGCUUCAUUUCUAAUGUUAAUAAGCAAAAAAAAUGUUAUUUACAAGAAAACAUGCCAAGUUCUAAUUAAUGUUAUAUUGUAAACACUAAAACUCUGGGAAUUGGACUCCUAACAUUUUGGCUUUCAGAAAAGUAAUAAAAAGCCUUUUGAUGAGGAUAUGUUUAGACCACAUUUAAAAUAAGAUUAUGUUUAGCUACUGCUUUAGGGACAGUAGUGCUCUUGGAUUUGACCACUUGAGAAGUCUAUAACAGCACUUUUGAAUUUAUUUAAUAAAAAAUAUUUGUUACUCAGAAAUUAGUAUUCGAUAAAAGAUUGGAGUUUUUUUUUUUUUUAAAGAAAUACACUUUUGGUUGUGCUCAACUUGAAACUCCCAUUUUUACCACAAUGUGUUAUGUUAAGAUGAAAUAUCUUUUGUAGUUUGUAAUACAGUGUGUAUGGUUGUGUAUGAUGUCUGUAUGGAAAAAAAAUCACACCAAACUUCCAUUUAAUAAUCUGCCAGUUUUAGUGUGUUUAUUCAAAAACAUAGCACGCAGCUUUUGAAGUAGGAUUAAAUGGGACCUCUACAUCCAUGAAUCCCAAGACUGAUUCUAUUUUGAGCAAAUGUCUGACUUGUGACUACAGUCCUUCACUAAACUAUGAUGGGAAUACCUUAAAACACAAGAUAAAAGUCGGGUUAAUUGCUUCUUUGUGAGUUGGAUUUUAAAACUUCAGAAGAGGCAGAUUUUUUUCCCAGUGCAGUUUGGUAUGAUACUACCUCCUACAUGAGAUGAGCUUCCCAACAAGUAUUAUGUUCAUUGCCACAUGAGUGCCUUUGUUUUUUUAAAUAAAAAUAUAAAAAUUUGUAUAACAUGGCUAAAAAGUGAAUGGCAUUAAUUAUAUUAAUAAUGGAUUCAUUCAUAAUUUUACAUUUUAGCUGUACAUAUAUUCAACUAAAAAGUGCCUUUUCUUUCCAGCCAGCAUCACUGUGUAUGCACAUCAUGCUUCUCUGUAUUCUCUGUAGAGCAGAUUGAGUUCUGUAUAGUAACCAUUGUAAUAAAGUAGUAAUCGUACCAUU